GAACUUUGGACUAGUGCUUGUUGCCAUGCUUGAGAUUGUGUCAUGAUGGGAUAAUGUUGCGUCAUAUAAUAUCGGGCAUUGAGAUUGUUUUUUUCCCCUUACUUCUUGUUCUGCUCGAAUUCUCGCGCUAGUCCAUGGGCCACACCUACUAUUUUUUCCGUCCUCUGCCACUGGCAAGAAAUACUAGUCAGACCAUGAAAUGAAGACUGGACCCUUGCAACCGGCCCAUCUAUCCAGGGCCGUCGUUGUUCACAUCAUGGGCCCUUAGUUAAUCCCUCGAAAUAUCCGGCCCAGUUGCAAGAUAAUUUCCUCCCAUACGCCUUCGUCUUCGCCGCUCCACGUACGACCCGACGCGCGCCUUAUCCACAUCAACCGCCCUAUUUUUCGCGCGGGCGCGGGGGAGCCAACGGACGCGAUGCGGAUGCGCCUCCUCGUCGUCGUCGUCACUCCCUCCUCCACCCCGCCAUGCCUUCCCCGACCUGCUACUUGCUCCUCAACCCCACCGCCUCCAGGUCCCACCACCGUCCCCGCCUCCCCCUCCCCGCCGCCGCGCCGCCGCGCAGGCGGGUCCAUGUCUCCUGCGACGCGCGGAGGACGGGCGGCGGUGGCGGUGGCGGUGGGGUGAAGCGCGAGGCCAUACCUGCUGGAACCGGCAAGGCCAAGAAGCAGGUCGUGUUCUUCGACGCCGCGCCACCGGUCUCGCAGCGGGGCGGCGGCGGCGGCGGGGAGGGGGAGGGGGAGGGGGAGGGGGAGGGGAAGGUGGCGAGGAGGAAGGAGAACGCCGCGUUGGGGUUGGUUAGGAGGUUGACGAAGAGGACGCUGUCGCUGCUCUCCAACCUCCCGCUCGCCAUCUCCGAGAUGUUCGCCAUUGCCGCGCUCAUGGCCUUAGGCACGGUGAUUGAUCAAGGGGAGGCGCCGAGCUACUACUUCGAGAAGUUCCCCGAGGACAACCCGGUGUUCGGGUUCAUCACGUGGAGGUGGAUCCUCACUCCCGGGUUCGAUCACAUGUUCUCCUCGCCGGUGUUCCUCGGCCUCCUCGCGCUGCUCGCGGCGUCGCUCAUGGCCUGCACUUACACCACUCAAAUCCCCAUUGUCAAGGUUGCCAGAAGAUGGUCGUUCAUGCAUUCAGCAGGAAGCAUCCGGAAGCAAGAAUUUGCGGAGUCACUUCCCCGCGCAUCCAUCCAGGAUUUAGGAGUUAUAUUGAUGGGUUAUGGAUAUGAGGUAUUCACUAAGGGUCCAUCUCUGUAUGCUUUCAAAGGACUGGCUGGUCGGUUUGCGCCUAUCGGUGUGCACAUAGCUAUGAUUUUCAUCAUGGCAGGUGCCACGCUUAGCGCAACAGGGAGCUUUAAAGGAUCGGUGGAUGUACCCCAAGGGUUGAACUUUGUAAUCGGAGAUGUGAUGAAACCUAAAGGAGUUCUCUCUUUUGUGCCUGAUGUUUUUAAUACUGAAGUCCAUGUCAAUCGGUUCUACAUGGAGUACUAUGAUAGUGGAGAGGUUUCACAAUUCUAUAGCGAUCUUUCACUUUUCGACCUUGAUGGCAAAGAGGUCAUGAGGAAGACUAUCAAAGUGAACGACCCCUUGAGGUAUGGUGGGGUCACAAUCUACCAAACCGAUUGGGGAUUUUCAGCAUUGCAAGUAAAGAAAAAUGGUGAAGGUCCUUUCAAUUUGGCCAUGGCCCCCUUGAAAUUGAAUGGUGAUAAGAAGUUAUUUGGAACAUUGUUGCCACUUGAAAACUCCGGUUCUUCCAAUGUCAAAGGAAUAUCGAUGCUUGCUCGAGAUCUGCAGUCUAUUGUGUUGUAUGAUCAAGAGGGUAAGUUUGUGGGGGUUCGUCGGCCAAGCUCAAAACUACCGAUUGAAAUAGAUGGUAACGAAAUAGUUAUUGAAGAUGCCAUCGGUAGCACCGGUCUCGAUCUUAAGACUGAUCCAGGAAUUCCUAUUGUGUAUGCUGGAUUUGGUGCACUCAUGUUAACGACCUGCAUUAGUUAUCUUUCACAUUCUCAGAUAUGGGCAUUGCAAGACGGAAGUACAGUAGUCAUCGGAGGAAAGACAAAUCGAGCCAAGCUUGAAUUUUCAGAAGAGAUGAACAGAUUACUUGAUAAGGUGCCAGAAUUGAUUAGCGUCAAUGAGAAAAAAAUCGAUAGUAAACAAAGUGCUACUUAAGGAAUUUUUAUUUUGAGAUUGGGCUGUUCGAAAAAAUUUGCAAAUGUUCACUUGUGGUUGAGGCUGGAUUUCACAAAUCAUCUUCGAGGACAUAAAAUUAUACCGUCUUUUCGGUGGAAGAUAGGCUAUGAUUCAACUGAUCCCACUCUGUAUACAACCCAAAACGGCACACAGCAAUAUUUUGUUUAUCAGACGGUCAUGAUACAAUAUACCGAGAAGAAACUGAACUGACAAUGUAACUACAUAACAAAUUUACAACAGAACAAUGUGCCAAAUUACUAGAUGUACCCUCCUUGAGCUGGUUUUGUAACUGUUUUUGGGAGCCUAUUUGUAGAAAAUCAUACAAACUUAUAUAUUACAAUAGAUGCUUGAUUGGUUGGUUGGUUUUUGAGA